AAAAAAUCGAAUGAUUUCGCGAGGAAUUCGCCGGGAUUAUGUCGAGCAAAUCGAAUCAUCGAAAAGGACAUGUUGGUUACAUUAUGGCUGUUAAUUUUGUGUUAUUCCCCGGAAUUCGUCAGCUCCUACGAAGAAAUAGUUGAAACGCGCGGUUGCCACGCCUGCAAAUUGUCGUUGACCUGCCGACAUUUGACGGCCGUCAUCGCCAUUUUGAAAGUCGACUUCGAUCCCGACGCGAAUAAUCGGAUUUUCCAAGCCGACUUCGAUUUCGCGAAUUCUUCCACAGCACGAGGCGACGCGAUCGUACCGCCUUUUCCACCGGUACAUCCCCGGGACGCUCUCAACAGAAGAUGUUCCGGAUUGAAUCAUUGCAGUUUCAUUUUGUCUGAAGAAUGCCCCGGAUCGGAAUUCUUCGGCGCCGGAAACAUCACCGUUCAAUACGCUUGUAUUACAGACGAUCGGAUCCAUAAAUAUUGCAACGACGUGAUCCUGGCGGAGGAUUUGGCGUCCGCAGGACUCGCCGAAGGAUACAUCCGAAAUCCGGGCUAUCCGAGGUUCUAUUCGGGCGAAUUGGAGUGCAAAUGGAGGAUUAUCGGCCGGGCGAACCAAAGGAUCAGGAUCACGUUAUUAGACGUGGCUUUGAUCGUGGAAAAUUCAGGAUGCGAUGACGUGUUGGAGAUAAGGGAUACAGGUCAGGUGAUAUUUUCGACGUGUGAGCAGGACCAUCCGCCUUCUGAGGUCCUUUCCGGCGGUCCUGAGGUCGAAAUCGCGCUCAGAUCCGGGCAAAGAAUCAACCCGAGACGGGGAUUUCUGGCCCAUUUUAAAAUCGUAGGUUGCCCUGAAUUCGAAGUGCCCAACGACGCCUACUUAGUGCACAGGACCAAUCGAAUUUUGGUGUUUAGUUGUUGCUUGGGCUACGCCUUUCCCGAGACAGGCGCUAGAAUUACGAGCGUGGUUUGUCAGGGGGCCUUUUGGAACGCUUCAGCGGACACUUUGACAUGUACAAAAACUGGAUCUUUGGACGACAAUCGAACGGCGGCGAUCGAAAUUUUCCAAAGUAAAAUAAAAACAAUGAAUUCCAAAGUAGGCGACAACAUAGUGGCGCCUCUGGUGGUGCUUGUGGUGCUUUUCGUCGUGAAUUCGAUGGUGUUGUUCGUGAUAUACAUAUUCAGGAAACGGCAAGAAUUGAAAGACGUAAAAGACGAAGAAUUGGGCCCCAUAGCGAACCCCUCGCAAGAGCAAACAUGACAGAUCGCUUAAGAAAUCGAACAU